AUGGCCGUGGUAGCAGUCCUUUUGGACAACUUGGUGCCACUUCUCUUGUGCUGCUUGGGUCUCUUCAUUGUCCGAAAGUUGGUCGUCUACAAUAAACUCAAGCAAUUUGGUGGUCCCAGAUGGACUGGCUUCACCGAUUGGCCUCAUAGCAAGGCCAUGCUUCAAAACCGUUGUCAUGAAUGGUAUGAAGAGGCGAAUCACAAAUAUGGCCCCAUCGCAAGAGUUGCACCCACUGUCCUCGUCACCUCAUCUCCCGAGGUCUGGAUGCAUGUCAACAAUAAGCCCGGCUACAAGCGGUCUGACUGGUAUUAUAAUGCCUGUCGCAUCGAGUAUCGGAAAGACAACGUCUUCAGUCAGACUGACAACGACAAGCAUGACCAAAGAAGAAAGCAGAUGGCUCCUGGGUACUCUGGGCGAGAGAAUUUGGAGCUCGAAAAGUCAAUUGACCUCCGCGUGCAAGAGCUAAUCGACCUCAUCCGCUCCAAGUACCUCUCAACUCAAGACCUCAUCGUCCCCGUAGACCUUGCCCAAAAGAUCCAGUACCUAACCCUUGACGCCAUCAGCAGCAUCAGCUUCGGCAAGGAAUUCGGCAUGCUUCGCAGCGACUCUGACGUCGAUGGAUAUCUCCAGUCCAGCGAAGAAGGUCUCGCAGCUGGUAACUUUGCUCUUGCACUUGGCAUCAGCUGGAUGGCUCAUGCUCCCGUUAUCGGCGCCCAUAUUGCACCCUCUCCGAAGGACGACACCGGAUUUGGAAAGAUGAUGAACGCUUGCUUCCGUUGUGUUGACGAGCGUGCCGCAAACCCCACUGAUAAACGAUCCGAUAUGCUGGCAUCCUUCAUCCGCCACGGCCUAUCAGGCGCCGAGUUGCGUUCAGAAGCCCUUGAACAGCUCAUUGCUGGUGCAGACACCACAUCCACAGGCAUCCGUGGAGCUCUCCUCUACAUCAUAACGAACCCAAGAGUUUACUCCAAGCUGCAGAAGGAAGUCGACAAUGCAGUCCAAUCUGGUCAAGUUAGCGAGGGUAUCAUUCCACUCUCCGAGUCGAAGCAGCUCCCAUAUCUCCAAGCAGUCAUUCGUGAAGCGUUACGAAUGUGGCCCCCAGCAGUCAACAUCUUCUCCCGUGACACGCCUCCGGGGGGUGAUACCGUGACCGUCAACGGCGAAAGCAUCUUUCUACCAGGCGGUGUCUCGAUUGGAUAUUCAGGCCACGGCAUCCACCACAGCAAGGAAGUCUACGGCGAGGACGCAAAAGUAUUUAGACCCGAACGAUGGUUGAACGCGGACCCCGAGAAGCUCGCUGCCAUGGUCCGCACAAGUGAGCUCGUCUUUGGACACGGCAAGUUCCAGUGCCUAGGCAAGCCGGUAGCCCAGCUCGAGCUUGGGAAGACCAUAUUUGAGUUGAUGCGCCACUUUGAUUUGGCUCUGGUGAACCCGACGAAGCCGUGGGAUGCUCGAAACUCGCUCGGUCUGUUUACCAUAUCCGACAUGUGGGUGCAGGCAAUGGAUCGAACCAACGAAUCCAAAGCCUAG